AUUGUAUAAUGAUUUGUCACCAUCUUCGUCACAAGAUACUCAAAAUUUACAAGAAUGGUUUGACAAAAAAAGUAAAAGUUUAGGAGAAGCAGAAAAAGAUCAUAACAAGAAGGAUAAUAUUUCAAUGAGAAAUAUUUUGGACGGCGAUACAAAUAAAGAAAACCAAAUUGAAACGAAGGAAUUAGAAGCAGUUAGUAAAUCAACUGCUGAAAAUGAUACAAAAUCAAUAGACAACGUUGAACAAAAUAUAUCAUUAGAAUCCAUACAAAAAGCAAGAGAUAAUGCUUACAAUAAUGAACAUUUGCUUAUAGAAGAAGACCAAAUGAUGACAGCGAAAAAUGCGUGUGACACUACAGAAUCAAAAACUUCAGCAGAUCUUAUGUCGAGAAAUUUAGAUGCUAAUAGACAAGAGAAGUCUUUAGAGAAUAAAGAUGACAAGAAUCCAUCUCCAUCUAUGUUAGAUAGUAGUAAACGGAGCAGUCGUUAUAAUGUUGCUGCAAAGCCUGCUACUUCGCCAAAAUUUGAAGAAAUUGUUUAUAAUCAAGCCAGACAAUCAAACACAAAUAAAAUUUUGCGAAGCGCUUUAAAGACGAAAUUAAUCGAAGACAAGUGUGAAAUAAUUAAUAAACAAAAGGCAUCGGAAAAUGUAGAAAAUAAAUUUGCCAAAGAAGAAAAAAGAGGUGUUAAACAAAAAUCAAUUUCAGAUAGUGAAAACGAAACAACUGAUACUCGUCAACGAAGGGAAGUUCUUUUAACGAACACAGCUAGUGAUAGCGAUAGGUAUAAAUCUGUAGAAAAUGAUAAUGCAGUAACGGGUGUAAUAGCAACUGAUGAAGCGAAACAUAGAGGCAGACCUAGGAGAUCGGAUAAAGUCGAAGUUAAAAAAGAUGAAGAUACAAGGAAGAUCCUACAAAAUGAGAAGGGUGGAUUAGAAGAACAAAGAAAACUCGAAGAAGAUACAAAAGAAGAAACUACAGAGACAGAAGUCAAUUCAAAAGGUAGAAGCCGCACUCAAAAUGAUAUGGAAGAUGUAGUAGAAGAUUCACAAGAAUUAUCUAAUAAAAGUAAGUUAUCAGAAAUAAGGAUUGCACUUAACAAAAUUGAAUAUACAAAAACUAUUUUACGGAAUAAAAAGAAUUCAUUAGAAAGAGAAAGAGGAGUAAGGGAAAAGAAGAAAAUGUACAGACAGAAAUUAUUUCAAAAAAUAUAUCAGAUGAUAAAUGUGAUUUGCUUUAGAAAAAAAAAAAAAAUAUUAUCCACAAACUACAUUAGGAAUUUAUCUAUUUUAGUGAGGAGAAAGAGAAAGGAUAGAGGAGUUGAUCAAUAGACUGUGGCUUUUGAAGCGUUUAUGAAAAACUUACAAUUUUAAUAAAAUAUUCAAUGUAAAGUCUUUGUUAUAAUAUUCAAAUAAAUAGAUGAAAAAAAAACUGAAUUUGCAUAAUUACUCAUGGCUUAUUGAUCAAUCAUGCGACUCGUUCAGAGGUAACUCGAGUUGUAAAGGCGACAAUUUAUUAAAAAUGGUAUAUCUGACGUACGAUGCAUUUGCUCAUGUUAAACUAUUUAAAUAAGUAUAAAAAUCACGCGAAAAAAAAUCUACUGAAAAUAAUGUUGAACUAGUUAAUAAUAAUAAAUCAUAUAGUGAAACACAAACCUUAAAUCAAGAUUUUAAGUUCAACAAAAAAAAAAAAAGAAAAAAAGAAGAAAGAA